CUGGUUUGAAAUGAUGACGUAUGGGCACUGUCCAGUCCACACGAUGAUGCAACGAUGCAUCACCUCACUCCCCCGCCCCCCCGACCUGUCUGUCUGUCGAGCAGCCUAUACACUCAUACGAUUACGUGUGUAUAAGCCAAGUGAGCGUCAGCUGAAUCCUCUCGCUCUCAGUUGUGCCUUCGUUCAUUCCCCGGCCCCACUCUCUCUCUCUCUCUCUCUCUUUAUUCACACACACUUGUUUGUCUCUCCUCCACUCCAGCUAUCCAUCGUUCGUCUAUUGACAGACACCGACCGACACAGAAGAGACUGUAUUCAGCCACACAAGUAAGUACGUGACCAACACACACACACACACACACAGACACACACAGGCAGGCAGACUGAGCACUUUUGUGACAUACGUACAUCCAAGCAAACAAACAAGUAGGGGCAAGUAGGUAAGUCGGCAGGGAGGUCAUGUGUGUGCAGCUGAGGCUCGCUCAUCUGUGCGCUCCCCUGCCCACAUGCAUUCGGGAGGGGGCCCGGCGUACUCAACAGUCCUAAUUUGUGCAUGCGGUCCAAGCACUGCACACCAGGCCUGUGUGUAUAUGGUCACUCAUCGACUACACACGCCCAUUCGUCUGCCUGUCUGAUUACGUACGUACCUUCAGGUGUCUGUGUGGGUGUGUGGGUGUGCGAGGGAUGCAGGAGGCAAAAGCGAAGCAGCAGCAGGAAAUGCGCGUACCCAUCAAUUCCCCUCCCUCCCUCCCUCGCUCCCCAUUUGUCGCGCCAACCGCCAACCGGCCGACACCCACACCAGGUCGUGUGCGUGUUGGCCUAUUGGCCGCCCCCAAACAAACCCACAGAGCAACACACACGUGCAACACAACACGCAACAGCCACGCACACAUGAGUCGAAUCGAAUUGAUUUGGGAUUGCUGGUAGCCUGUCUCUCUGUCUGUCUGUGUGGAUGGGUGGAUGGGUGGCAAAAGCGGAGGAACAAAAUUGCAGCAGCGAAACACAAACACACAGACACCCUCCCUCCCUCCGCCCUUCAGUUGCCGUGUGGUGCGAUGAAAGAGUAAAAACAAAAAGAUAACGACAACAAAAAUGAGAGUGCGAGAGAGUGCGGUAGAGAGAGUUUGUGUAUGUGUGUGUGGAUGGCCCCAUAUAGAUGACAUAGACAAGGCUUUGGUUGUCCCAUCAUCACUUCCCCCCCCCCACCCACCGACCCACACACACACACAGGUACACAGAUACACCUGUUUGUUGAUGUGUCUGUCUGUCUAGCUACCCGGCCCCCUCAGCGCCUUCAGCCCCGCCACCUCUCCCACUCCCUCAACGCCGGCGUGCUGCUCCAAGAAGGCCAGACUGACCCUCAUAAAGCUGCGGUCAGCAGCACUCGGUGUCAGGGAGGGCACCAGUCGCCAGGCGUUGGGCAGCAGCACCAUCAGCAGCCCCACCAGAAGGCAGCACACAAUGACGACGCGCAGCGUCACCUUGGCCCACUCUACACCGGUCUCGCUCACAAGAUCCCCGCCACCGCCCCAGCCGCCCUUGGUGCCCUUGCUGUCGUCCACAGAGGGGUCGUUUGUGCGUGCGGGAGGGGUGGGCGGGCCCUUGUGGGAGAUGCAGGAGAAGGGCGGGAUGAUGACCCGGAUGUCUGUCGAUGGGGUGGUGCUGGUCGACGGGGUUGAGAUGGCGGCGGUCAGCUCGUGGUCCUCGGGAAUGGUCUCCAGACGGAAGGCCGAGUCGCGAAACGACCGGUAGUGCCGCCGACUCUAUGUGACACACACACGCACACGCACAACACCUCUCGCCACCCCCCUGUAUGCCUCCCUCCCCCGAAUGCGUCACUCACCCGAUACGCCCUCAUAGCGGCCUUCUGCAGUAGGUGCGUCCUGGUCUUCCUCGGCCUGAAAGGCACGUAGCGUUUGCCGCCGCCGAUGGGCGCGAGUGGGGAGAGUCCCGCAGAGUGGGCCUCCGUCAGGCGGCUCAGGCCCUUGCUGACGACAUACUUGAGCGAUGCGGGAGGGAGGAAGGGAUCAGGAGAGUCUGAGGAUGACGCCGCGAAGUCUGUGAGGCUGAUGGUGCUGCCCCAAUCAGGCAUCGCAGCCCCAGAGGGAUCAGGGUGUGGCAGUUAGCGCCCGUUCCCUCGGGGAACUGCAGGUUGUCAACUUGUCCUUAUUCCACGUCUGUGUGAUCAGAGAGAGGAGGGGAAGCUGUUCUUGUGAUGCGGAAGAGAGGAAAGGCGAAGGAAGAGCGAAGUUGAUGUUUUG